AAUGAGUCAUAAAUUGGUGCGGCAAAUCAAUCCUGAUGAUCAUUCGUGUACAAUCUCCGAACGGAAUAAAAAGGAUAGAACUGCCAGAAACUGAUAGCUAUGAUAAAUUUCUAAGCUUAGUGUGUGAAAAGUUCGGCAUUGGCCGAAAUGAUAGUUGGUGCCUUUCGCGAUCUCAUAGCCAGUCUGAACGUCUAAAUGCCAGCCUGAAUACACGUUUAGCAAAAUUAGGUUUAAAGUACUCGUUGUUAUCAUUGACGCCUAUCUACGUUUUAGACACGGGGAUCUUCUCUUCCUCUUGGAUCACCACAGAAGUGGUGGCGAAGAAAGUGCUAAUAAAGACCAAGUAAAUUGUGCCAGUGAUUUCAGAUUAUUUGAUAUUAUUUAUUGCUCAAUAGGGAGACUCAUGUCAGUUGAAUUUUCUGCGACGGCAAAAUGAUUCCAGCUCUCAUAUUAAUCCUAAUAAUUGGUCUGCCUGUGGACCGCUAGUAGAAGAUAAAGUUGACCAAGAAAUGGCUAAAAUGGAUGGUCGUAUUCACCGUAAAAGAAAUGAACAAUUAUGUCACCAUCCCUUAUCUGGGCAAUGUAUCCACUGUGUUCCCCUUGAGCCUUUUGAUUCAGCCUAUUUGGAACAUUUAGAUCCUCCAGUGAAAUUUAUGUCAUUUCAUGCAUAUCUACGUAAAUUAACUGGUGGACAGAGCAAAGGAAAAUUUUCAUCUUUGGAAAAUUUAAGUUGUCAUAUUCGUCCCGGUUGUCGUGAUCAUCCUCCAUGGCCUAAUGGAAUUUGUACUAAAUGUCAACCGAAUCCAGUAACUUUAGAAAUUCAGCCAUAUCGUCAUGUAGAUUUUGUACAAUUUGAAAAUCCACAAUUAAUGAAUACAUUUUUGGAUUAUUGGCGACAAACAAGUUGUCAACGUAUUGGUAUUAUGCUUGGCCGAUAUGCUCAUUUCAAUGCACCAGGUUCACCUCCAUUAGCAAUAAAAGCAGUUGUAGCUGUGAUUUAUGAACCAGCUCAAGAAUCCACACCGAAAUCAGUAAAAUUAAUCGGUCCACUCGACAAUGUUUUACCAAAACAUGUCAUGGAAGUUGCUAAACGAAUUGGUCUACAGCCAGUUGGUUGGAUAUUUACUGAUUUAGUCGCUCAAAACUCAAAUGGUAAUGGUGUUGUCAAACAUUUUCGUGGCACUGUGGAUACUUUCUUUUUAAGUGCUGAAGAAUGUGUCACUGCUGCUCAUCUACAAAAUCUUCAUCCUAAUAUUUGUCGUCUAAGUCCUGAUGGAUGUUUUGGUUCCAAAUUUACCACGGUUGUUGUCACUGGUGAUGCAUCGAAUCAUAUACAUUUUGAAGCUUAUCAAGUUAGUAAUCAAGCUAUGGCGUUAGUGAAAGAUAAUAUUCUUGUGCCAACAUAUGAUGCACCUGAGUUAGGUUAUGUAAAAGAAACUACAAAAGAACAAUUCGUUCCGGAGGUGUUUUAUGCGACCAAGGAUAAAUAUGGUAAUCGUGUUACACGUGUAGCUCGUCCUUUACCAGUUGAGUUUCUGUUAACAAAUAUGCCAACAGCUUUUCCAAUUGAACCAUUUUAUACAAUGGCUAAAUUUCCUGAUGAUUUUCCAGCUGAUUUUCAAUUUCCAAUUGAGAAUCGUGAGUGUCUAGGUCAAAUUCAAGAUAUUCCGAGUUUCGCUCGUGUACUUCAUAAAUUUGGAGUUGAUCAAAUUCAUACAUGUUUGACUAAUUUCCAUAUACUUGCAUGGUUAGUUAACAAUGAUACACUUGGUUUACAAAUUUUCAACUCUGAAGGUAAAUUAAAUGAAGAUCCAUAUGGAAUCGUUGGUUUAUUGGAUGCGAUUGCUUUACGUUGUUCUAAUAAUAAUAAUAAUAAUGAUUCGAUAAAACAAUAUGAAUUAGCUGUUAAGAAAUGGGCUAGUGAAUCACCAAUUUGGGCUACUGUACAAGAGUUGGCUAAUGCAGUUGUUUCCGAUAUGCCACCUAGUCCUCCAUUGCCUACUCAAUCAGAUUCCUAUCGUUCUGCACUCAGUGGUUCUAGUGUUUCUUUAGGAGUUGGUCCAACAUCAGUACCUAAAUCAACUUGGUCAUCUCAAACAACGACACCAUCGGGGAUAACAGAACAAAGAAAUUCAGAAUCUAGUCACUGGGCCUGUUCUCACUGUACUUUUCAUAAUAGUCCUGAUACUGAUGAAUGCGAAAUGUGUCGCCUGCCUCGACGUGGAUAAAGCGCGCUUAGGUGGUAAAUCGAUGACAGAAAAGAUCAAUGAACAGUGACGCUGGUAACAAUGACGCUUAUUUAAGACGACUUCUUUAGGGAUCGUGCAUCUGUCUUUUUACCUAAGGAUGAGAUAAAUAAACAAGUUCUUUCCGUUCUCUUUUGUAUGUGAAUAACGUUUGUCGUUUAUUGCAGAUUGUUCAUUUUUUUAUCUGAACCUUUCUUGCCCGUUCUCCUACAAAUCUGUAACUUUGUCUUUUAAUAAUAAUUACUUCACUCAACGUUGAACAGAUUUAAUUAGGUUGUGAUCUGAUGAAAUAGCCAUCUAGAGUUUUCGGAAUACGUUGUAAAGCUUUUCUAUGACGUCGAUUUAUAUACAGUUCCGUAUGGCAUAAUCUCUUACUACUUAAACCCAACAGGGAAUCAUCUUUACUUCAAAAAUACAAAUACCAGACUAAAAUAACAAAAUGAUAAUACGAUUAUGAACCUACUGGGUUGAAAUCAACACAAGCGGAGAAAUUUUCGAAUACUCGGUGGUUCCGAGUGCUACAUCUUAUUUACAGUUUGUAAAAGUGAAAUACCUGAGUUUAAACAUUUAUUCGAUAAGCACGAAAAACAAGCAUUUUGUAAUAAAUCAGUUAAUAAUACAUAAUCGAUUUCUAGGACUCUUGAAUAAAAAUCCCGUUUUAAUUUGUUGGACCCAUAGACCAACCCUUGUUAACUUGAUGUUAGGUGUUCUCUUGAGUUUUGUAAAGUAUGGCCGUGAGACGUAUUUUUUACUGAUUUUCACUGCAAUAACACUACGAGAGCUAUCAUAUGCGAUUGCCAGUUUGGACGUCGAUCCAACAUCUAAGUUGUGUGGAUUUGGUUAUCGCAUGCAUAACUGACUGAAUGUAAACCCAAUGGCCGGGGCUUGCCGAUAAAAAAUCGAAUGAUUUCCACUCCGGAGAAAAGCUUUUGGUUAAACCAUUUAUCCAGUUCGUCCAUGCUUCUCCAGUUGCGGAUAGAUAACAAUGUUGAGCACUCUUUACUGCUUCUGAGUCAUGUAGUGAGUCCUGUGCGAAAAAGAACGUCUGACAGUGAUAGGAAGACAGAAAGUAAACAAAUUUGGUUGACCUCUAAAUUCGGGUAUAAACUGUUAUAAAAUUAUUACUGGGUCAUACACGACUCCACCUUACGCAAACAUCUUUAAGUACGUUUUCCUGGCUACGUCAAAUACUUUUUAUUUGCGAAUAUCGAUUGGAUCCGCCAUUAAAGUGGUGAUGAACAACUCUCUUCGUCAGUAUCAUGGUUACGGCUUUAAACAGAUUGCUAGAGGUUUUAGGUAAUAAAUAGUUGUACGCUUAGAAAACCUUUGAAUGAACUUAGAGUUACUUACUACUGAUACACUGAGGUUUAUUAUUGAGUUCUAUGUAUGUAUUACUUCAUAGUACUUCGGUUUAAUGAUCGGCUACGAAAGAUGAGGCUGGUUUAAAGGAACAGUAUAGAUAAUACAGGAUGCUAAAUAAAGCAUAUGGUCAACAGAUGUAACAUGAUAAAAGAUAGUAUUAGUAACACAACUUGGUGUAACUUACGUUUAAUGAUAGAUGAACUAUUUCUGUUAUUCCAUCCUCAUCGAGAUUGACGUUUGGCAUCGUAGGAACUUGAGUUCGAGGCACGUUACUACCAACAGCGCUGGCUAAUACGUCCUCAGUAUACACUCCUUCAAAUUCAGAUUCCUCUAUGUUUCCAGGUCGUUUGUCAUGGUAGUGAUUUUCGCAGUCCAACUGAGUUAGUUUGUUGUUCAGUUUACCAGGCUUUGAUGAGACUGCUUUUCGAGGUGUCCAUGUAAUUCGCCUUUUGCCUUCAUCAAUCAAGAAGCUACCAGUUGAUCCACUAACUUCUAUUUCCAGUCUGAAACAAUGAUUGUCAUAGAAAUGAGCUUCAGGGAGAUCACUCAUCCUAUUUUUUGGGAAAGGGAUAUCUGAUGAAAGAAUUAUGACGACUACUGGUUUACGAAAUCCGGGUAAUGUUGGUAUGUCGAGUUCGCCCAUUAUAGUGACGUAGUCAUCUGCAGAGAUAUGGCGAAUAGAAUGACUCAGAUCGCUUGUUCCUUUAGCGAAUAUUCGACAAAUACUCGUAACUGAAGUUAUCCGAAGCCCUCCAGAAAGGAAAUAAACAAGGUCAAUAAGACCUGGACAGAACAUAUUCAGCAGUCCUCCACCCAUAUCUUCCGACUCAGAUAACCAUGAGUACUCACUACCAUCAACAAAACUGACUGUGGACAAUCUUAUAUGGAUGCUUUCUAUAGUUCCCAAAACCCAAUGUGUGGGGAGUCGAGUAAAUUCGUAACUACUGAGUGCUUUCAUUUCUUUAUGAUUGUAGUUAAGGUGAGUGAACAAAAGGGUAGAUAAAGGUAGGUUUCUCAAGGGCAUAGCGAAGCCGACACGAAUUCUGACUUUCUCUAACGUGUCCAUAUCAUAAUUAGGUGAUACGGGAGGAAAAAUAAUUAUAUAAGGGAUGUCUUGCAAUACCGUAUCCGAAGCUAACUGUUUUUUGCUCAAGCAAUCAAUUAUUGAGACAAGAUUGCGUUGAUUGACCGGAGUAUCACAAAGAAAUAAAAACUGUAUAUCUUUAUUCGAUAUUAGAUCUUUAAAAGGCUCACUAAUAACUUUCAUACCAGCAACAUCUGCAUGAAUUUGGUUGCUCGAAGACUCACACCAGUAUCCAAUUAUAUUCACACUUUUAUGUUUCCUGAGCAUCUUUAUUACAGAUGCUGUAAUUUGAUUCCAACCACAAAUCACUACAUUAAUAGACUUCAUCACGUGUGCGAAGCCCCGC